AUCAUAACCGUCCGCGUGGAACGUUGCGGUUCCACCUUCGCCUGAUGCCCCCGAGCCCGCGCAACAGGGUGCAUUCAGAUUCGUGCACCUUUCAGGUGUCGACGUCGUCCGAUUCGUCGAGAACCUCGUGAUUCGUGCCCAUCCGUUGUCGUGUUGAACUCAUUGUAUGAUUAGAGAGUAAGAUUACUCGUGUAAUGCAAAAGCAACAGAGACAAAGUCGAACCUUUUGUCACACACAGCGAAAGAAGAAGGAAGACGAUGUCAUGUGGUGCUCUGCGUUACCUUUAGAUACUGAGACCUGCCCGCAAUGCUAAUUUGUACCAGCAAUAUGCUAAUCUUCGGUUUGUUCUUGAUAUUGCAUUCAGAGGCAGUGUCCUCAGUCUGGAUGGUCCUUGUUGCAGCAGUGAGGUGCGUUCGGAUUGGUGUUUGCGGAAAGAGAGUCUCUUUUCUACUCUCCACUGCCUUGUCCCAGUGAGCUCCUCCAUGGCUCCAUCCCAUCUCUGUUCCUUCUUCCUGUUCUGGAAUGGAUCUUUAGCACCAUCAUCAGUUGGGCUUUGAGUUCCCCCCCUCUCUCUCUCUCUCUCUGAAAUGAUACCUAACUUUUUGCUUCUUAUGGAUAUUGCAAGAUUUUCCAGUCUAUGAGGCUGAUUUGAUCUGUGGCAUGAUGGUUGUGGAAUCACAAGUGUUACAGAGAUCUGGUAGCCAAAUUUCUGGUGAACAUGGGUUGGUUCAGAGUGGGGUUUAGGGUGAUUUCUGGGCUUUGCUUGGUGGUCUGUGUGGGUGGGAUUGGUGCUAAAUGGGGGACGCAGGCGAGCCACCCUCUACCACCACAGACAGUGGUUCAAAUGCUCAAUUACAAUCGGUUUCAGAAGGUGAAGCUGUUUGAUGCUGGCGAGGGGACUGAGUGCACUGAGAAAGAGUGGGUUGGAGGUGAUGGUUGGCAUCCCUAAUGGCAUGCUUGCAAUGCUGGCCACCAGCAUGAAAGCAGCACAGAACUGGGUAUCCAGGAAUGUCUCUGAAUACAUCUAUGGUAGAGUGCACAUCAGUUGGAAAUGAACCUUUCUCGGAAACAGACAAUGGGAGCUUUCUGCAAACUACAUUCCCAGCCCUCCAAAACAUUCAAGGAGCUCUCAUCAAGGCUGGUCUGAGUAGCCAGGUCAAAGUCACUAUCCCUCUCAAUGCUGAUGUUUACCAAUCAUCAAGUAGGAGACCAUCCGAUGGGGACUUCCGAGCUGACAUCCAUGAUCUCGUGCUUACUAUCGUGAAGUUCCUUAGCGACAAUGCAGCUCCCUUCACUGUCAACAUUUACCCGUUCAUCAGCCUCUACGGUGAUCCAAACUUUCCAGUGGAUUAUGCUUUCUUUGAGGGAAAGUCUGUGCCUGUUAUUGACGGUACAACUAACUACACCAACAUGUUCGACGCAAACCAUGAUACUCUCAUUUGGGCCCUGAAGAAGAAUGGAUACGGAGAUCUCCCUAUAAUUGUUGGUGAGAUUGGCUGGCCAACUGAUGGUGAUAUGAAUGCAAACACUCAGUAUGCUCAACGAUUUAAUCAGGGAUUCAUGAACCACAUCUUGAUCAAUGAGGAUGAAAAGAGCAUCCGGCCAGGAAAUUUCGAGCGGCACAGAAUGUUCAGUAUCUCGACAAGAAAUGGUGCGUCCUCAAGCCUUCAGUCAGCCUCGACGAUUCAAGGAUGGCUCCAAGUGCAAGCUAUGCUUGUGCCAAUGCUGACUGCACGAGCCUUGGUGAUCUGGAUGUACGAGGCAACGUUAAAUAUGCAUUCAAUAGCUACUACCAGAAGAAUGACCAAGACAGAAAGAAACAAAUAUCAGCAAUACCAAAUUACCAAACAAGACGGUGACAAUGAGAAUUAA